UAGUUCCCUUCAAUUUAAGCUCUUCUUUACUCACUCACUCACUCUCUCUCUCAAGCAACCAAACACUUCAUCUCUCUCUUGAAACAAUGGCGAAGAAGAUGAGUUCACUCAUCAUCUUCAACAUCAUCCUCCUCCUGAUAAUCCAAACCCACGCACACAACGUCACACGCCUCCUGGCAAACCACCCGUCAUUCUCCUCCUUCAGCCAUUACCUAACACAAACCCACCUCGCGGACGAAAUCAACCGGAGAACAACCAUAACCGUAUGCGCCGUCGACAACGCCGCCAUGGCAGCGUUAACCUCAAAAGGCUACACAAUCUCAACUCUCAAGAACAUCCUCUCGCUUCACGUCCUUCUUGAUUACGAGAGUUUAGAAGGAGGCAUGACAGUGUUCUGUCCAGGAGAUGACGCAAUGAAAGGUUUCUUGCCCAAAUACAAGAACUUGACAGCUCCAAAGAAAGAAGCUUUCCUCGAUUUCCUCGCCGUCCCAACAUAUUACUCAAUGGCGAUGCUCAAAUCCAACAACGGUCCAAUGAACACACUUGCCACAGAUGGAGCUAACAAGUUUGAGCUUACUGUACAGAACGAUGGAGAGAAAGUUACGCUCAAGACAAGGAUCAACACUGUCAAGAUCGUUGAUACUCUCAUCGACGAGCAGCCUUUGGCUAUUUAUGCCACGGAUAAGGUUUUGUUGCCUAAAGAGCUUUUUAAGGCUUCGGCUGUUGAAGCUCCGGCUCCUGCUCCAGCACCAGAGGACGGUGAUGUUGCGGAUUCUCCAAAACCAGCUAAAGGUAAAGGGAAAGGGAAGAAGAAGAAGGCUGCACCGUCGCCUGAUGAGUCGGGUUUUGGUGACUCGGAUUCGCCUGCGGAAGGGCCUGAUGGAGAGGCUGAUGAUGCGACCGCUGAUGAUGCUGGUGCGGUUAGGAUCAUCGGAGGAGCUAAGGCUGGUUUGGUGGUGAGCUUGCUCUGCUUGUUUGCUUCUUCUUGGCUUCUAUAGUUCCACUUCUUGUUUCUUCUAUGUUCUUUUGUGAAUCUUUAUUUAUGGCUUUUGGGGGAAGUAAAUGAGGAUUAUUUAUUUCCCCCCAAUUAUUGAGUUUUUUUUUCUUCUUCUUUUUUAAUUUUAAAAAUUGGUUGUCGAAUUAAAUUUAGUCGGUAGUUUAUAUAUUUUGUGUGUUCUUGUUUCACGUGUUUGUUUAGUUUAUGAUGUAACGAAUGGGUGUUGGGGAAAACUUAAUACUCUUUAUCUUCUAUAAUGAUACUCUCUUGGAAGUCUAA